AUGCCUUCCAUUCACAGCACCUCAUACCUUCACACUCUGUUCCAACGCUCGGACUGGAGAAGCAUCAGCGCGGCAUUCGUGUUUGUUCCCGUAUUGAGUAUAGCUGCGUGGUGGAUUGUAACGUAUUUUGCAUCACCGCUCCGAAAAUAUCCUGGACCCCGUUUAGCCGGCUGGACUAACUUAUGGCGCCUGUGGACUGUGAGGAAGGGUAGCUACCAUAUUAGGAUCAAAGAACUUCAUGAUCAAUAUGGCCCUGUUGUUCGCAUUGGCCCCAACACUCUGGAUCUCGACAUCCCCGAGCUAAUUAAUACCCUCUAUGGUACUGAUGGCAAGUGGAAGAAGACUGAGUUUUAUCACAAUAACAGUGCUGUUAUCGAUGGCAAGAUCACAUAUCACCUGUUCAGCACCACUGAUCAGGCUGAGCAUGCCCGCAUGAAGCGUCCUAUUGUUAAGUACUACUCUCAGAGCAGAGUUAUAGGUCUUGAGCCUUUGUUUGAUGGUUUGAUCAGCGAAUUCUGCGACCAUCUUGAGCAGAGGUUCAUGAGCGGUCCUGAGCCAACAGGAUUCGACUUUGGCGAGUGGAUCGGUUUCUAUUCGUGGGACGCAAAUGGUGCUGCUUCCUUUAGCCAGCGGUUUGGAUACAUGGAUAAAGGGUACGACUAUGACAACACCAUCUCUAUCGCCGAUAAGGCCCUUGACUACUUCGCCGCUGUCGGCCAGAUGCCCUUCCUCGACUUUCUUCUCGACAAAAACCCCAUUAUGCGGAUCGGCCCUCCCAAUUUGGCUAACAUUACUCGCAUCUCGCUGGAACAUUUGAUCUCUCGUCUGCAAGGGAAGGAUGAGAACUUCGACCCGAAAGUUCCUGACUUUCUGAACCACUUUAUCGAAUCAAAGAAGACAAACCCAGAUCUAGUCAAUGAUGGUAUUAUCAUGGGUUAUCUGCUAGUCAACCUCCUUGCAGGCGCUGAUACCACUGCUAUCACCAUACGCGCCUUCUUCUGGUACACUCUCCAUAACCCUGGUGUUUAUUCCAAGCUUGAGAAGGAGAUCCUGGCUGCCGGCAUCGACAAUGUCGCCUCGUUCAGCUCAGCACGAGCAUUGCCCUGUGAGUCAUCUAUGGAUAUGGAUAUCCUGUUCCAAGACCGCCCCCCAGCUGACCAGACAACAGACCUUGAAGCUUGUGUCCGUGAGGCAAUGCGUAUGCAUCCAGGUGUGUGCAUGCUACUUGAACGCUACGUCCCCGAGUCCGGCCUGAAGCUACCGGACGGCAGCUUUGUGCCCCAAGGGACAGCGGUAGGCAUCAACCCGUACGUAGCCGGACGUAACAAGGGCGUCUACGGCGAUGACGCUGACUCGUAUCGCCCUGAACGCUGGCUCCAAAGUGAAGGCGAGACUGAGGAGGAAUAUAACAAGCGAAUUCGACUCUACAACGCCGCCGACUUGACGUUUGGUAGCGGCUCGCGAGUCUGCAUUGGUCGCCACCUGGCUCAGCUCGAGCUUUACAAGAUCAUCGCCACGCUAAUCAACAAGUACGAGAUCUCGUUGGUGGAUCCGGAUGCACCAUGGGUGGUUACUGGCAGCUGGUUUCCUCGUCAGAGAGGUCUUGACUGUUACUUAAAGAAGCGAGCCUAA